AGUUAAAGGUAGCCUUUCAGAUUGAAACGUAUAUUUUAUCCACAAAGAAAUCAUCAUUUUUCGCGUUCAGUUCGUUUAUAAGUUGCUUUAUUUAUGUUAAUUUUCUCUGGAGUAAAAGAAAAUUGAACCCACAAACUUAUCAACAAAAAUGCAUUAAACAUUUAAUCUUCACCGAAAGUCCAACAACGUUUGAAUUUUUUUUUUUCGAAAAUCAGUCUCACAUUCGGUGAAAUUUGGUGGCUGUUCGGUUUUUGUGCAAAGGAUACCCAAUUGUCCACGUAGCUCGGCGGCAGCUCAACAGUUGAAAAGAAAAUAUCUCUUCAUCGAUGUGUUUACAGUCCAUCGGGAAAGAGGGAAGAACACGAAACAGUUGGUAAUAAGUGCGAUUUUAGGUUUGAAAUUGAUUUUUAUCCACAUAAGGAAGCAGCCAAGCGACAUAACCAGAGAUUUUUGAUAAUUUAAAUAAUAAGGAACACAACUUUCAAAAUGUUGCCUACAAAUGUGAUGUCUUUCAUGAAAAAGAUGGUGGCCAAUGAGGACACACAGGCCAGUGAAAUCCAAAACACAACUGACAAUACUGGAGCUUUUGAAAAGCUUAAACAAACACUAUCUUCUUCCCUACUGACAGCUCAAGAUAAAGUGACUAAAGUGUCACCUAGGCCUUCAAUGACUGCUGAUGCGGAGACUGUGAGUAUGGUGCAACAAGUACAACAGCAACAAUCACAGUUGCACCAGCAGCAACACCAUUCACAAUCAAAUCAAUCGAAUCAAGUUAGUAGUAGUAAUAGUAGCCAACAAAAACCCGAACCGGGCAAAGCCCCAAGUCGUGCUGGUGCAUGCCGUGUUUGCUUGAAGUCAUUCAAACCGGACGAUUUUAGUAAAAUUUGCGCUGAGUGCCAGCAAAAAGUGUGCGAAGAUUGUACGAGCUAUAGUAAAUUAGAUGAAAGCGAAGAUGCGAUAUCAUGGCGUUGUAGUGUUUGUAGAAGAAAAAUGGCUUCUCGAGUUUGUUUGCCACAAGAUUCAACCGACUCGAUGCUCGAUGUGCCAGUCAUGGAAGCCAUUCAGCGAAGACAUUCCGAAGUAAAAUUAGGCUCAAGUCAACAAUUGUCGAGUGGCAACUGUGGUUUGGCACCACCGCGCAGUCCCGAACUUCGACGUCACUCUGACGUUUCACCAGCAUCAAUUAGGGAAUUGGAAAAGUUCAAGGACAAUUCGGGAUGGAAUAAUAAACCGAGUAGCGCAAAUCCAAGCAGGCCAGCCAGUCCAUCAAUGCGAAUCGAUUUCAAUGCUCCACUGUCUAGAGCUGGAUCGCGAAGACAAUCAAGAGUUGUGGCUAGGCAACAUAGUUACGAUGACGAUAUCAAAGCUUCCACAGCCGAAAAUGUAAACAACAAAGACACUGGUUUAGAAUUACCCACAAUCCCGCGAAGAGCGUCCGCUUAUGAUGUGUUCGCACCAUCGGUGUUAAAUUCAGCGGCUGGCAUUAGUGCCAAUCCAUCAUCCCGACGAUCGUCAUUCCGUGCAACCUCACAAGAGCCAAACAUGUACAAAGAAACUUCACCAAGCCCAGAACAGAAUGAUUCAGCGCUAUGCAUUGAAGAGGAUCGUCGAAUGCGAAGACGUGGUUCACAAUUACCGGAUAUUAGUGCAAUUCGAGAUAGGGCUGCACUCACCGGCCCCAAUACAAACCAAUUAACAGCGAUGCAGUUCCAGCCACCAGCUUUAGAAGACCUGGAAGCGCCACGACGGCAAACUUCGCUGGAUGGUGAAGCGAUUAAAAUCAUUAUUCACGAUGUCGACUCGGGUCCAUUUCUUGCAUCGAAGCGGCGAGUUACAUUGCGACGAGAUCCCACAGAUAAAGCACACAGAACUAGAGGCUUUGGAAUGCGUGUUGUUGGUGGAAAGACAGGAACUGAUGGUCGCUUAUUUGCGUAUCUUGUAUGGACUGUACCUGGCGGACCGGCCGAAAAGAAUGGCUUGCAACAAGGAGAUAAAGUUCUGGAAUGGAAUAGCUAUAGUCUUGUUGACCGAAGUUUUGAAGAAGUGUGCGCUAUUAUGGAUCGGACUGGAGACACGGUUGAAUUACUCGUAGAACAUGCAGCUGAUUUUCGUAUGUGUGAUUUGUUAGACGAAUCAACACCAUUAAAUCCGGGCUCGAGCAGCGGUAGCGGUGGAAGUAGUAGAAAACCUACCGAUGAUCUAUCUUCCGGCUUGGUACCAGAUGUUGAAACAACAGCCGAUAAAUCGCCAAAUUCACCAACUAGACGAAAAUUGCCAAAAACUCCGAGACAACUAAAAGAAAAAGUAUCAGGGCGAGUACAAUUCGAAUUAAGCUAUCACACUGAUCGUGAAGAAUUAGUUGUAUCCCUAAUGGCUGCAGACAACUUGAAACUCAGAGAUGAUGGUAAAUUACCAGAAACAUUCGCCAAAGUCCGCAUUUUACCCAAAAUGUACAAUGGUCAUGUUGAACGUACUGAGGUGUCAGCACCCACACAGAAUCCCAUUUGGAAUGCGACUCUUACAUUUCAGGCUGUGAAGGCUGAUGAGUUGCUUAAGCGUCAUGUUGAAAUCGAACUAUGGGACAUGGUGAUGGGCGGUUCGCAUGCGGAAUUUGUAUUUUUAGGCGUGUGCACAGUCGACAUUCAGAAAGCGUUGCUAGAUGGUGAUGGCGCCAUUUGGGGUCGUCUUGAAGAGCAAAAUGAUGGUUCUAGCAAUCAGGGAAAUCUAUCACUAGACUCGGCCAGUAAUGCAAAAGCAUCCACACUUCGUCCGAUCUCGUUGGAAGUCUCGAAUAAGAGCGAUAGAACAAAGCCAACAAUCCAUAGCGGUGAAACGGGCCACAGCGCUCGUUUGCAUCGUGGUGAACACAUGCGAAGCUCAUCAUCCGAUGACGUUGAUUCCAUCGGUGAUGUAUCUUCACUGCUUCAUCCAGAUCAUGCAUGGACAAGUAAUUCACGUCGCGGUUCAUCGCAAUCUGAGCAGCUCAAUGUCGAACAAUAUCAAUUGGGCAAAGAUUAUUCGCAUUCAUUACCCGGCAGUGCGUGCGGCUCACGGCGUUCCUCAUUCCAGGACAGUCAAGGUAAUUGUGACAACAGUGACGGCAACAUUUUCAAUUCGUUAUGUCUCACCGGGCGUCGUCGAUCCUCGUGCACACGUCGUGAUCCCCAUGACGAAUUCUCAAAAUCACACAAAGGCUCAAAGAGCAAAUUGAACCGCACAUUGAGCGCUUCAUCUUCGGAAAAACGGCUCACCGAUAAAAAGCCCAAAUAGGACAGUGUUUUUGCUUCUUUUUUGACAUGGCAAAAAAGAUGAGCACAAUAAGAUAGAGAGGGAUAUAUUCAUUUAUGGGUGGCUUCACCUUGCUUAUGCACGCGUUUUAUUCAUUCGUUGCUGAACGAUACGCAAACCAAUACGAAUUACAAGGUGGCCACACAUUUCCACAUAUACGUUUGAAUAGCCCUCUUCAUAUAAAUGCAAUACAAGAUAACUCAAAACGCAACGAUAUAUCAUAACACCCCAUUUGGCUAUACCAACCACCCAACCGAUGAUGAAGCGAAAACGAAAUGCAUUCGGUGCUGGACAGAGACAAAUGAUGAUCCAAUCAAUCUCUUUGUUCCAAUCUAGUUUUAUAUUUUAUUUAUGACAAACAUUAUGCGUAGGUGUAUGUAAUUAAAUAUAAUACAACUGUAGUCAGCAUGAUUUUUGAAGCUGUUUGUGGAAAACAGUGAAAUAAUACAAUGAAUGGAAUAUACUCGAACCUAAGUUUUAGUGGGCCUAAUUUUCAUUAUGUUACAAUUUACAAACUUGAUUUAAAUUUGAGAGGGAAACUUCCUUAAAAGUGAUAGCAUAUAUCAAGACGAUAGCAAAGAAAAAGUAAACUUUUUUUCAAUAAUUUCUUUUGUAACUAUUACUAACUCACUUGCUUCUAAUAUUAUGAAAUUCUACAAUUUCCGUUCUAUUACUCUAUAAUUUUCCAUUAGUUUGCUAUUACUUUUCACGGGAAUUGCACAAGAAGAUUUUGUGUAUAUUGCAAAAAUGAGACGUAAAAGAAAGUAUGUUUUUUUUUCGAUUUAUAUCUUUGAAAAGGAAAGUAUCGUUUUUUAAUGAUUCUGUUUACGUUAAAGGAGAGUAUGUUUAUUGUUUGUGAUUGUUGCGGAUUUUCACGGUUUUCGUGACGACAAGAGAUAACUGUUUCGUGUCUUUGCUGUAGGCUGUAGGUAACAUUUAAGGUGUUUGAUGACUCUGCCGUAAACCGUAAUCUCUUAUAAGUUGAAUAUAAAUUACAAAUGGCAAAAAAUCACGACGACCCACGAAAAUGGCCCACAUACUCCGUUAUUGAAACAAAGUUAAACAAAACUACGCUCUUUUACGUCUCAUAAAUGAAUAAUGUGUAUACACCCGCUUAUUGUCAGAAUUUGAACAAUUGUAGAGCGCCAUCCAUAAUUGACGGCAAAAUCAGCUGUAAAUAGCCGAAAGUGAUUUCGACAUAUUGUGAAAUGUUACGAAAUCACACUAAUUAGUGUUGAAUUUUGCCGUCAUUUAUGGUCGGCGCUCUACAACUUCACACUUCGUAUUUUGUAUGUAUUCAAUACAAGAUUGUAUGCGUGUGUAUAUAUAUAUAUAGGGGAAUUAUGUGUAGGUUGACUCGCACUAAUCAUUUUAGUCAUAACUUUUUAUGGAAUUAAUAUAAAUGCACACUUGAUAUACCAUUAGAAAGAGAGCCAAAAAAGCUACAAUUUGAUCAGGAAAUUCAUUAGCUUUGGUUGUAAAAACAAAACAUUUCGAUCAAUUUUCUAAGAGGUCUGAUUUUUGGCAACAAAAUUUUUUCUUUGUAAGUUGACCCACCCUAUUUUUUUAGAAAAACAUGCAGUAUUAACACUCAAUAUAUGAAAUUCAUUGAAUUUCGAUGGAUUUUCAAUCGUUUUCGGUCUUUACAACUACGAAAUACAAUGAAAAAAAUUAGAAAAACAUAGAAAUAGAAAAAAAAUACAUAUUCUCUAUUUUCCAUAUUUCAUCGAUUUUUACGUGUUUUUCAAAUCCGAAAACGAUUGGAAAAUCAUUAAAAUUCAAUGAAUCUCGUAUAUUGAGUGUUUACGCUAAAUAGUUGUCUCAUUUUUCUGAUUUUUUUUCGGGUGGGUCAACUUACAAAAUUGGUCGAAAUUUCAAUAUGCACGGAAAGAAUUUCGCCAUGUAGUGAUAUGUGUGAAAUGACUUCGGAUUAUGAAAAUACACGAAAAACUAGUAAAGAAAGCUUAUACUCACUUUGCUGAUAUCUUUGAAAUUGUCUACUUGAUGAUGGUCCGAAAAAAUUUAGUUUUUAUAAAAAUUAUUUUUUUUUUUGCAAACAAUUUUCAUGAGCCGAUCCGAGCCGUUUAAGAAGCGUAUUCACUCUUGGAAACUACUUUUAUAUUGGUUUUUGACGUUUCUAAAUCGAUUGAGACUAGCCAAAUUGACGAAUUGUCGGUCGAAAUACAAAAUCGGCGGGGUGGGUCAACUUAAAAAGUGGGUCAACUUACACAUACUCCCCCUAUUAUUUUAUUGGGGAAAUAUAAAUCAAAUGAAAACAAAAAUGGAAUGAUAUUUUUUAAAAAUUUAUUGUGAAAACGACAAACAAGUAUUGUAACAAGAUGGUACAAAAUUGAAUGGAAUAUAUAUAUUGAUGAUUCAAGUGAAAGAUAAAAUAAUACUUAUGUGUGGUUUUAAUAUUUAUUCAGAAAUGUAAAAAUAAUUGAUAGAUAAUAACCAAAUUGAAACGAACAACAAUCACAUUGGACUGAUGACAAAUGAAGCAGGAGCGGUGUAAUAAUUUCAGUCGAUAUUGCAUAGAAAAACAAAUUGCUGUGCUUUUUAUUGAAAGCACUGAACAUAUACAUGUAGGGAUCUAUAUAUAUAUAUAUAUUUAUAUAUAUAUAUUGAAGGAAUUUAAGAAUAGUUUUUAGAUGACAAGAGAUCAUAACCGAACUUUGCAAAGCAUAAGUGUAAACAAAUGAAAGAAAAAUUGAUUUGCAAACUGAGACAUUGCUGACCUGUAUGAUUCAUAAGAAAAAUAUCCAACAUGUACAUAACAAGAUCUCAGAUUGAAAAUUAAUCAAUGUUCAACUGUAAUAACAAUCUCUAAACAGGCUUGGUUCGGAAAUGAAAUUUAAAUAUAUACACAUACUAGUAUAUCAUAUAAAAUUAAAUGAGAAAAAUAAAUCAUCCGAAACGAAAUGAGGGUUAAGCUCACACAACAAUCUUAAACAAACACACAUACACAAAUUGACCAUACACUUAAGAAUUAAUCUGUAGCUAAAAAAAAUACUCUUUCCUGGUAUACACUGUGAAAGAGAAUGGAUUUUCGAUCGAUAAUUGGGGGAUUCUCAGCUUAAAUCUUUAUUACAUAGAACUUACAAAUAUUACACUUUAUCAUGAGAGUCUUAACUGGAGACCACGCCAAAAGUGAAACUCCCAUGACCGGCGAGAGUUGAUAUGGUAUUGAACCCUCACUAUUUUUCAAUGUUUAUCACAGUCACAUUUGGUUGAACAUUUCAUGCCACGUCAGUGUUAUGGGAAUCGACUUGCACAGUAUACUGAAUACUUUAUAAAAUAAAAUCAAAACGAUUCGUUCGUGUUGUAUUUAACUGUGGAAAUAUGUUUUAUAGAAAAUAAAUCAUAUGAAACAUUGGACUGAUAGAUUUAUUAAUCAAACCUUUUAAAUGAAUUGAAAAAAAAAAUACUUUUUGUAUGUUAUUAGCAUUUGAAAUUAGCUCUUCAUCCUUUCGGAGUUUUGUGCUAAAACUUCCUAAAUUAUCAAUAUGAAAUCCAUUCAGUUUAACAGUGUAGCUUUCCGCUUUUCUCAACAGAUAUGUUGAGAUUUUUAGACAAAAAAAAAAUGUGAAACUUUCAAUAUAAUGUUCAAUCCAUCGACAAUCCUCCCAACCUUCUAGAACUAUCAAACAAAGUGAUGAUAAAGAGUAAAUGAAUAUAUUUUUUGUAAUAAAUUAUGUAUUAUUAAUAAGUUAGAUCGUCAUCGAAACAAAAACAAAUCACUCGAUGAUUCAGAUGAAAUGAAUAACAUAUUUAUUGCUGUUGAUAAUUUUGGUCGAAAACUGCGCCACACCGAAUAUUAGCACUUUGAUAGGUUGCUUGCAGCGUUCAAUGUAUAGCAUUGUAUUUUUUGUCAUCUUAAUGCUAUUGCCGCCAGAAAUCGAGAACAAGAAAACUACACAUCGACAGAGACGAGCUGCAUGAUUACUACCAUUUCGAAAAAAAGCUCACGUCCGAAAAUCGAUAUGUGAAUCUCGCUCAAAAUCAACAUCAUAAACCAAAUAUAAACAAUAUGUAUGAGUGACUAAACGGUCCUAUAUGACACGUUCUAUUUGCUUCUCGCAGAAACAAUUUCUACAGCAUUCAUUUGAAUAAAAUAUAAAUUACAUAUACGUAUUAAUAUAUAGAUGUUCUUGGCCUAACUUACGAUGUACACAACUGUUUCAUGCUCUCGUAGAGAUUCAACGCAUUUUUUUUUCAUUUGCAACACCAAUAAAUAAAUUUACAAAGUUAAAUGAGUCUUCGAAAUGGGUUGUUCAAAUUUAGUGCAAAAAAGCAAAAAAAAAAACAAACACAAUUUCCGAUGCCAGUUGUGUAUUAUUUUGGAACGAUGAGAAGUGUUUUGCCUAACAUAUAAUUGCUACGAAUAUUUAAAAUGGACAAGUACUAUAAGUUUAUUACAGUAUUAGAAAUGAAACUUGAUAUUGCUAUAUAUUAUGCGUGAAAGCAUCAAUAUUAUGCAAAUUGACACAUAUACUAAUUGCCAAUACUCCACAUAGUUUUCCAUUCUGGUUUCAUUCAUUCAUUCCCUGUCAAUGAGUACAAUACUUUUGGUAUGUUCAAUGCCCACUUCACACGCUUAAGUUUAUAACUCAUUCUGAAAUGAUAUAAAGUCAAACACAACCAACAAUGGGAUGGGCUAUAAAGUGUUCCCUUUGUGCGUUCAAUGAGCACAACAUGGGAUGUGUGGCGAGUAAAAGUAGAAAAUCAUUAAUUUCUAUCCCUUCAAGGAGAAAAUCUCUUAGUCUCAAUUUGUGACACAAAUGAAGCACAUACACACACACAUUACUCAAACCAUAUCGAUGUCGUAGCUUCCACAAUCCCAGUAAGUGACUAGAAACAUAUCGUAUAGAUAAAGCUCACCAUAAAAUAAAAUGUAAAAAAGAAAAACAGACAAAGAUGCGCACACACGCACACAAUGAAUCCAUCUGAUUGAAACUCAAGUCACUUUGACAGUGUCGACUAACUUUAACUUGAAUAUAUGCGUUUGUUGUGAUUGAUAAUUUGAUCCUCUUAAAUCUGUUGGGCAAUCAAAUAAACUUUUGUACAUACACUCAUAAAUGGAUGUUCGUAAUUCGAGCCGACACAAACAAAUAUCAUGUCAAUAUUAUUGUGUGAGCUCGUGUAUUCUCUUUAGAAUAAAAUCUAAAUUUUGAUUACAUCCCACCCUCCUAAAUUGCAUAUUCACAUAAAAACCAAAUCUAAAAUUAUUUCUGAAAGAAGAAAAAAAACUUUAAGUCGAAAUUGUACACACGCAUCCAUGUGUCAGAAUUAUUACAGAAUAAAUUACAAAAAAAAAAAAACUGAAACACAUGAUGGAUGGAAAAUGUGAUUGAAAUUUCUUGGCUAUAACUAUCAAAAACACUUCUCAAAGCUAACAUUAACACGAGUUAAGAAGCAUUCUCUUUCGAUCUACUCAUAGGAGAAAGGGUAUUCUCCUAUUUGUAUAGAGCAUUGAAAAGAAUACGCAUAAAUUAUAUUUUGUAUUUUGUAUUUUGGCAUGUAAGAAUGUUGAUAUUCAGAAAACCAGAAAAAACGGUCAUCUUUUUUGCGAUAGCCAAAUGUGUUAGUUUCAAUUCCAAAAAUGAAACUGUUGUGAAGAAACGAAAAACUUCAUAAAAAUCAUAAAUACUAAAUAUUGUUUAUAUUUUUUUUUUGGAAAUCCGUUGAAUGGAAAACAAUCACAGAAAAUUGGAAUGAUCUGAUCCAGUAUAUUGAAUCUCUCAUUAAUUAUAUGGCAUUACUUUAUCGGUCACAAUCAAAAGUUAUUUCAACGACCAAACUUAAUCUGGUAAAUUGGAAUAUAUCAUCAUUGAAACAUAAUCAAUAUGUUUCAAUGGCCCCACUAUGUGAUGAUGUCAAAAUUUGUGUCAUGGAAAUCUUCUGUUCUAUCGAACAUCACAAUUUUAAAAUAAUAUAUUUGAGCGAUUUCCAUUUCAUUCAAUGCAAUGAGAAGAAAACAUAUACAAUGUACAAUACUGAUUUUAUUUUAAGCAUAUUAUUUUGUUUUCUUUCGUUAGAAUUCAAUUUUCCAUACGAUAUAAGUAUAAGCUACUGUAGUGACAAUGGAAAAAAAAAAACAAAAAAAAAACAAAUCUUGCAAACCAAAGAUUAUACAUAUAAAACUAAUGAUAAUGUAUUAAA